GGUAGGUUGGUAGGAGUGUGGCAUUUCUGCAAGAAAAAAAUUGGCGCUAUAUUAGCGAAAAAUGCAUUGUUUUUGGUAAAGAUUCGCGAUUGAUUGCGCGCCGCCCGAUAAUGCAAAAUUCUAAACACCCAGUAAGUAAUAAAAAUUAGUCUGUCGCUUUCAUUUUUUGUCUGCUCAAAAUCCUAACCUCAAGACCUGUCAUUUUUUUUCUUGCCGAACUCGUAACUUUUUUAUUCGGAUAAUUUGAGUGCCCCAAGAGAAUUCGCGAGCGUUGAAACUAGAAUUUUAACGCCGGAUUACGUAGUCAGUCGCUAGAAUGAACAGAACGAUAUUUUUUGAUACCAUAAGCACUCGCGGCCCCUCAAUGCGUUCUUCGACGAAAAACCGCGACCCGCAGACUGAACUGAACGAAGAUUUAAUGAGCUUACCGAUAAACUUACUGCCGUCGCCGUAUUUAAAAGAGAACGAUCACCUCCAACCACCAGACGAUGUAAAAGGCUUAUACAAACCCAUUUCGCCCAAGGAAUUCGACGACGACGAUAGUUACUUCCAGUGCUUCAGAGUUGCCUCGGAUCCAGGGGUAAAUUAUGAUGUGCACAAUGGAUUUUCACAACUAAAUCCGGCGAUCAUGUUUAGCAAAAUCAAUCACCUCUCCCGGGAGGUGUCGAUUUACGACAAUCGUGCAGAUUAUCAGCAGACAUUGAAUAAUUUGCAGUACCAAGAUAACAGUAAGACUUUUCGCAAUAACUACAACAGAAAUUUCAACAAGCUUAGGUCUAACACGUCCAACGGUGCACAAACGGGCGGUAACUUGAACAAAAUCGGGAACAAUCGAAAACGACACCAGAAUGCCACGUCCUACUUGAACGAUACCGACGUAAUGGUACGCAGAGCUUACGGCCUCUCUCUCCGCUUCAAGUCUAAAUCGGAGGUCAUGAAGAUAGACCCGAAUCCGGAGCAACUGCUGAGCGGGAGCCCGCUGGACGAGCUGAACCGUGAGAUGUGGGACCUGUUUAUCAGCAAAGCGCAAAAAAUCGAAACCUACGAGAACAAGAUACUGUUCUGGAAGGACUUGUUCUUGUACAUCAGGAGGUGCGUGAGCCACUAUUCGCUCUACAUCGUGGGCUCAACCAUGACCGGUUUCGGCCUGGACACCAGCGACGUGGACAUGUGCCUCCUGAUACGUCCCUGCACUGAGAAUCCGCGUUUCGACUCUCUUCAGCACCUGAACAACAUCCGGCUCCACCUCAUAAAGUACUACGGCCUAACCAUCGACCCGGAACUGAUCUUAGCCAAGGUGCCCAUCCUGAAGUUCCGGGACGAGUCGACCGGGUUCGAGAUUGAUCUUAAUUGCAACAAUUCGGUGGGCAUACACAACACCCACCUGUUGUACUGUUACGCGCGUCUAGAUUGGCGCAUCAGACCUCUGGUCGUCGUCAUCAAACUGUGGGCCAAAGCCAAUGGAAUCAACGACGCAAAGAACCUGACCGUGUCGAGUUAUUCUUGGACGCUGAUGAUGAUCCAUUAUUUGCAAUGUGGGGUCUCGCCGCCGGUACUGCCGUGCCUUCACACCCUUCACCCGGAACUGUUCGGUGGAGCGGCGAAGAAUCGCAUUCCCCACGUGCACGAAGAUCUCAACACGUUCAGCGAGUUUCGCUCGCAAAACGACUCUUGUCUCGCCGACCUCCUCAUCGGUUUCUUCAAGUACUACUCGACGUUCGACUUCGCUCGGUACGCCAUAUCGGUACGGGCCGGUACCCGCCUGCCCGUAGACGACUGCAAAAAUAACCGAGCCCCCAAAAACGACCCUCAUCAGUGGAAGUAUAUGGGCAUCGAGGAGCCGUUCGAUUUCAGUAAUACCGCACGUUCCGUCUACGACAUUGCAGCGUUUCGCCACAUCAAGGACACCAUAACGGGCUCGUAUGAGGCACUGAUCGCCACCAGGAGUCUGGACGGGGUUCUUCCCCUUCGACCGCCCACGAGACGUAGAUGAUGGGAGUAAGGUACAAAUUUGGGGGGUUGGGGGGGGGGGGCGCCGUCGGAGCCAGCCUGCAUUCCCUUUCGUCGAAGGAGGUUGGCCCCGUCUUUGGUCUUAUUUGUAUGUGUGUGCGUAUAUGUGUGUGUGGUUGUGUGCGAUGUUGUUCGUUGGCUUGAGUCCCUUCCGAGCGACGUAUUUGUAAAAAUUCGCUUGGGAAGAGCAGAGGAAACGAGAGACAGUAUUAUUUAUUUCGCAUUUGCGCGGGUCCUAUUCGGACUGUCGGGGCGUGGUCUCGGCCCCGGGAAACAAUGUCAUCGAUACGCUUAAAGGGGGUUUUUCUAGCGUUGAAAACCCGUCAGAACUCAUACAUAUCAUUGGGGGGCGUGCCGGAUGGCGCCCUGUAAUAAUACUUAAGCCUUAUUUUCGAUAGUUUUUGCAACGACACACUUUGUUAAUUGUUUUUCGUUGAAAAUUUAAAAAAAAUGUAUAGAUUAUAUUGAUUGUAAUGUAUUUACGGUAAGGUUGAAUUUAAGCGAUCCAAGGAGAAAAAUCUAAAAAAAAAUGCGCAAAAACGUCGAAAAUCCAAAAAAAAUUAUAUGAUAAUGUUAUUUCUCUCUUAAGAAGCGUUGUCACUGUGUAAUGUUGGGAUAAUAAUGAUAAAACAAUAAUGUAAAAGUACUUUUUAUAGGUUAUUUUUUGUAUACCGAACGGGGGUGUGGUAACUUUUUGAUAUUACGGAUCUCAAAUCACUGGGCUCACUUUUUCCGGACAUGAAAAUAGUCACUCGGUGCCAAAAAUUAAAAAAAAAAACAAAAAAAAGAGAUUAUAGCUUAGUAUUUAUUCAGAAGAUCUAUCGUGUAAUAUUUAUAGACAAUAUUUAAAAAUCGAAUACAAUAAUCCUAAACAAUAAAAGUAAUAUUCGUGGAUAAGUUAUUUACAUUUACCAAUAUUUCGUCAGUUUCUUUUUUCUGACCGUCGAAAUGUUUUUUGCCGUCGAUUUUCCGUUUGUAAAGUCGGUUCGGUUUGAUUGAUUUUAAACCCUGUCGACUAUUUAAGAUGUAAUAAAUAAAUUCAAUAAAGGAUAUUCAAAAGUAUUUUGUGCUCAUUCCUAAAAUAUAACUUUACAACUAAUCAACACGACCACUACGAUACUGUGCAACAAAAAGCCUGUCGCUAUAUGGUUAUAUACCGGGUGACGCAAGAAAAUGGGAAC